CCCGUAGCUCAUAAUCUAAUAGAGUAAAUUACUAUCUCCAAAUUUCGGCAGUAAAUUACUCGUUCAAAAUGUAGCCAAAGGAAGAAUAUUGAACGAAAUGUGUAAUGCUACUCGAAUCAAAUACUGGUUUCCAUGGUUUCACUGUUCCCUCACCAAGCCGACCUAUUCUCCGCUUGAAGAAUAAGUUUCGAGGAAAGCUUGGUUAACUCGGAAGGCACCAUGGAUUUCUUCUGUAUUUUUUCAGUCAUCCCAAGUUCUGAAGCAUUUUUGGUGUGCAAUUUAUGUAAAAACGGAUGUUUCCAAGAGAUUCUGGAUGGAGAGUUGUCAGGAUGCUGGUUUUUUACUUGUCUGGGAGUUAAAAUGACGACACUUGCAUUUUUUCAAUCAUUGAAAUGUGAGCAAGAACAUGGCAAACAUGAUUUGCCUUUCGAGUUUGGGAGAACAGGAUCCAUCAGAGUUGACCGUGGAUAGGAUAAGUGGUCUUCCGUGGAUAAUCCUAGACAUUAUUCUCGGGAAGUUGUCAAUAAAUGAUGCUGCCAGGACGAGUAUUUUGGCGAAGGAUUGGCGAUAUAAAUGGCUAUCCAUUUCCAAGUUUGUUCUAAAUACUGAGGGUCUUAAUUGGGAUACUGUUUCUAGUAUAAUUAACAGAUUUCUGCUUCAGCAUACCUGCUCAAUCAAGAUAUUUUCUCUACGUACUGUUUCUGGCGCAUUUCAUUAUCCUGAUUUGUAUCAUUGGAUAAAGUAUCUAUCAAGACAACAUGUUGAGGAAAUAUCACUUACAGAGGUUGGCAUUCGACGCUUUGCUAUCCCCUCAUCUAUGUUCUCUUUCGUGAAGCUAAAGUCAUUGAUCCUCAAAGGUUGUGCCGUACGCGUUCCAGCUUCUUUCAAAAGGUUCAACUUUCUGUGUGAAAUCACUCUAGACAGUGUUUCAAUUGAUGAAAAUAGUUUUGAUCGUCUCAUCCUUGGGUGCCCUCGCCUGCGGUUGUUACACUUGGAGAGGGUGGUUGGGAUACAGCAUUUGAGAAUCCGUUCACCAAGUCUGCGUGUGUUAAAUGUAGAUUCUGGAUUUUAUCAGUACAUAGUUAUUGAAGAUUCUCCAUGUUUGGCUACAAUUGCUAUUGAAGCUAGUUUUCUGCAUCAAGAAGGAGCUAUUCUUAACUGGAGCAUUAUUCGUUCCUUGUCUGCUCUGAACUCCCUUCGAAAUUUGUGUUUAUCAGGACAGUUUGUCAAGCUCUUGGCUGCUUAUAAUGUAGUUGAAUAUAUUCCUUUGAGGAAUAAUACUAUGAGGCAUCUUUUCCUUUAUUCGGUGAGAUUUGAGGAUAUCAAAGUAUUCAGGGUUUGCCUUUCACUACUAAGCUCCUCCCCAAACAUCAAUCAUUUCAGAUUUGCGAUUGAAUCAGCCAAAGGUCCAAGACUGAUCACAGCAUUUUUAAAAGAAAACCGAGGACGGUUCUCCUUUCCGAAGCUUGAAUCAAUGAAAGUGGGAUGUCCUGUUGUCAAUGGCAUGGGAUGUACCGUGAACUUCAUCGAAUUCCUCUGCGCUCAUUCCCCAAACCUCAAGUUCUUAAGCAUUGAAAAGAUAGGAGGACGGACGAUGAAUGUUACCCGUGUUUCCAAGAUGCUCUCUCGGUUCAGGAAAUCUUGUCCUCGUGCUACGGUUGUGUAUUCGUUUAAUGGGCGACAAUCAUCUCUGUGAUCGUCAACAACUGGUGUUUUUGCACCAUUAUCUCUUUGCAAGCUAUCUAGUAGUAAGAAAGACUUUUGUUUUUUGAACUUCAGGACAAUUGUUUGAUUGCUUUACUAAUUUUAAGAAUAAAGUUGUGUAAUUUGAUGUUCUGUUUUUUUGGUGGAAGACAUUGUAAUGGUGACUAUGAAUUUUAUAGCAGGCUAAGAGUUCUGCAUCCAGUAGAGCAGUAAUUGUUGUUUC